UAAUACUAGUUCUACAUAACAUUUUUUAGUGAACAUCAAUUGUAUGAGCCAAAAUUACUCAUAAAUCUAGCCUUUUGAUUUUCAUUCCACAACAAAAUUAACAAACCUCAAAUGGGUAAAUACUCUAAGAUUUUAUCUUUAAUUCUUUUUCUCUUCAUCAAUAACACAAUAAAAGUAGUUCAAGGAGAUGAAGAUUUUAUCCAAAAAACAUGUAAGAACACUCAAUACAUUGAUCUAUGCAUCUCUUCCUUGAAAUCAAACCCUUCGAGCUCGAAUUCGGAUCUCAAAGGGCUAGCAACUAUUAUGGUAAAUAUUGGAAUUGCCAAUGCAUCGGAUACUUAUGCUUAUUUAUCAUCACAGCAUUCACAAGUGCCUAAAAGUAGUGGUACAAGUGAUACUAAUAUGAAGAAUGUAUACAAAUUAUGUGCUUCUAAGUAUACUUAUGCUAAUGAUUCUCUCAAGUCUACACUCCAAGAUUUGUCCAUGGAAAAUUAUGAUUAUGCUUCUAUGCAUGUUAUGGCGGCCUCUGAUUACCCGAAUGCUUGUCACAAUGCAUUCAAAAGAUACCGCGAUAUGGAUUAUCCAACGGUGCUCAAGGUUAGAGAAGAUGGUUUUAAGCAUAUUUGUGCUGUGGUUUUGGGUAUUGUUGAUCAACUUUAUUCCAUUGAUAACCAUUUUUAGUGUGUAAUUUGUUGUACUUAUAAUAUGUUUAGUAAACCUUUAUAUUAUGUGACAUUGCUUAUA